AUCUACUCUACUUUCAAUCUCUUUCUGGCAUCAUCAACAAGUGCCCUCGCUUGUUGUACCGUUUCAGAAGCACACCACAUCUCGUGUAAAUAUCAAGUGCUUCGUCAAUCAUGUCCCAUCACGGAUCUGAUCCUGACCUUCAUCGAGCGAUAUCUCUUCGCCCGUCACCUUUUCACAAUCACCCCGAACCAUCCACUCGGAUCGGGCAAUUGCCAGAAGGUGCACUUCCUGUUCCUUCACUGCCGCAGACCAAACCCGGUGCUUCUACGUCUUAUGAGGUCGUCGAGUCUCAUGACCCUGUCUCACGCCCCGCAUACGCUCGUAACGCCAGUGAAUCUGGAGAUGUUGAAGGUCGACCAUUUCCGACCUACACUGAUCAAGAUGACCCUCUCGAUUUGUCCAGCCGACUUAAGAGCGCCGAGCAACUAAAUGCCAUACAAGCAAACACUUCCAAGAAACGUCAAAGUGCUAAAGAUCGUCUUUGUGCACCAGUCGCCCAAACCAAAGAUGCCGUGCAGUCACGCAAGAUCAGAGGCUUCUACGAGGGCCAGAACGAGGCUAUCGAAAGGAUGCUGAAGUCAGUCGACGAACACAGAAGAGAAGCCAAAGAAGAAGCAGGUGCCGACCAUUUACAGUAUAAGAUUGCCGUCUAUGGUUCUUUUGCAGCAAACGUUGUCCUGGCUGGUCUUCAAUUGUAUGGUGCUAUAUCCUCCGGCUCUUUGUCACUGUUUACCAGCAUGUCUGACGCUCUGUUUGACCCCUGCAGUACAUUUCUGUUGAUCUUGUGCAAUAGAGCGGUCAAUCGGGUUGAUCCACGCAAGUUUCCAGCUGGGAAAGCUCGUAUUGAGACCGCAGGCAACAUCUGCUUCUGUUUUCUGAUGUGUAGUGUCUCAUUCAUCUUGAUUGUCAUGUCCGCACGCGAGCUUGCUACGGAGCCUGAGGCCGAAACGAAACGAUUUCAUCUUCCGGCUGUCCUGGCCGUCUGCAUAGCAUUUGCCACUAAAUUCGCUCUUUUCUUGUACUGUUGGUCUCUGAGAAACAAACACUCCUCUAUUCGUAUUCUAUGGGAAGACCACAGGAACGACCUUUUCAUUAACGGAUUCGGUGUACUGGCUUCCGUAGGAGGUAGCAAACUUGCGUGGCAGAUUGAUCCAGCCGGAGCCAUCGUCCUGUCAUGCCUGGUUUCUUUCCUGUGGCUUCGCACCGCGUACUCCGAAUUCCAGCUUCUUAUCGGAGUCACUGCUCCUACUCAUAUUCUCCAAUGGAUCACUUAUAUAUCCAUGACACACAGCCCAGAUAUCGUCAGUCUGGACACCGUGAGAGCUUGGUACUCUGGUCCUAGGAUUACUGUUGAAGUCGAUAUUGUCCUUCAUCCAGAGAUGACGCUCAAAGAAACUCACGACAUUGCAGAAGAUCUGCAAAACAAGCUUGAGGGCCUUCCAGAUGUCGAAAGGGCCUACGUCCAUAGUGACUACGAGACUGAACAUAGAGCAGAACAUUUCUUGAAAAAAGAACUUUGAUCUGCUUUGGGUGAGACUGCAGCCGGCAAAUUGGGCUGAUCUCUCUGCCUGAUUACAUCCAGCAAGAAGAUUGCGUAGGCAUAUGACAACUAUUUCUAUGCUUUUCGGGCGAAUACUUCCUAAGAGGUAUAUGGCUGUGAAGGUCUCGAUGAAUUCGAGAGCCAGAACAAAUAUGGCAAACAUUGUUUCUUCCAUAGUAAUGAAUUUAUGAGCU